AUGGCCGAUGUCACAUUGGAGGGGGCAACGGCUAGUCUUGAACAUGGGUCCAACGACCUCUCGGUCUGCGGCAUCCACCAUCGCAACCGCAGAGCUGGCGAGCCCGAGGAGAUGGCCUCGAACCAGCCGGGCAGCGAUCACUCUUUAGGAAUGGCCAUCGGCAACGAAGAUGAAUUGCAUUCCACUUCUGGCGCUAAUAUAGUUGAGGGGGAGCUCGAGUCCAACCCCAGUGAGCCGAGAGUGGGGAUGGAGUUCGAUUCAGAGAUGGCCGUGUAUAAGUUUUACCGCAGCUACGCUAAACAAACCGAUUUCAAUAUCGCCAAGGCGACGCGGUACAAAAGACGGGACAUGAGAACAGGAUGUGAUGCUAAAAUCGAGUGCGUGGCAAACGAUGGAACGUGGAAGAUCUCCAAGGUCGUUCUCGAGCAUAAUCACGCGACAACGGCUCUUUCGACAAGUGGGAUUGUGGAUGAAGUUAGGGCGGUUGGAGAGCGGGCUCUUGUUUCCGAUGCGGAUUACAGUGAUGUUGAUUGCCCAAGACCUGCGCCUGAGGAGACACAGGACUUGAUUGAUCACUUCAAGUGUCUUGCGAGGUUAGAUUGUUGUUCCUGUUACUCGUUGCGAGUGGUAGAGGCACGCGGCAUGGAGAAUUUUUUCUGGAGGGAUAGCCGGUCCAAGCUCGAUUACGAGCAUUUCAGCGAGAUUCUAGUCCUGGACAACAGAACUUGGAUCACCAAGUAUGGCAUAAUCUGUGCAACAUUUUGGGACUUAAUCAUCACCGGCAGCCCACCAUAUUCGGACACGAAACCGCAGACAAUCAUUACUGAAUUCAGUGAAGAAAUCGCCGAAGCCGUAUCUCUUGUCUUGCCAGAGACCUGCCAUUGUCUGCCUGCUUGGUCUAUCUUGAACAGUUUCAGGAAGUACCUGUCUCCUUUGAGUAGCCAACUCGAUGUUGUCAACCUCUUCAGGGAGUGCGUCUUCCUCCACUCGCAGGAAGAAUUCAAGUCGAAGUGGAAUUCUUUUAUAGGAAAGUACAAGCUGCAUGACAACUCCUGGCUUGCUUCUUUGUAUAAAAUGCACGAGAAAUGGUCUCAUGCGUUCACGACGAACGUCUUUUCUGUCGGCCUACUCUCCAUACAAAAUGAUGAGGAUGCUAGUCACAUUGUCAGGAAUCUCUCCUCCGAGACCAUGACGCUAACAGAAAUUGCAUGCCAGUGUGAACAGGCGACCAAGAAGAUGCGCACAGAAGAAUUUCGCGAAGACAUGCUCUGCGAGAAAAACAAGAUGUUCCGAGAGGAGUUUAUCGAUUGCCUAACGCUGGCAGUUGAAGAAAUUAACAGCACAGAGACUCUCCGCAUGUUUCAGUUGACCGAAAAAGGCAGCACAAAGACACAGACCCUCAGCAGCAGAAAGGCACAGACCGUCAAGUUUGAUCCUUCCGAUUCAACAUUGGCAUGUAGCUGUGGGAAGUUCGAGUCGGUCGGUAUUUUAUGUGUUCAUGCCUUGAAAGUACUCAUUUUCAUGAAUAUCUUCAAGAUACCGUCUCGCUACUUGGUGAAACGAUGGACAAAAUCUGCCAAAGACAGUCUGCCGGUGGACAUCCCAGCGCAUGGACUGCACGUGAUGGAGUUCCGAUCAAUUCGUUUACGGAAGAGGAAGAGAAUAGCUAUGAGGUUCAUAGAUUUGGCAGUGGAGCACAUUGCAAAGGUUCUGAAAACGGAAGAAGUGGCAGUUGCUCUGGACGAUCCAGACGGUAAGGAUGAUAGUGAUUGGACCAUUUGUGAGUAUGCUCUCGAAACACAACUCGACCAGCAGAAUGCAGCUAAAUCUGGGAUGGGAUGUCCGAGAGGGAAACGCAAAGUUCAAGGCCAUCGACCAGCUGGUAAACGGAUCCGCGACCGUGAUCGACUUGAAGAUGCCGCCGAGUACUACGGGGAUUGA